AAUUGCGAGACGGAGAAGGAGAAGAAAAAAAGGGAGGAAGAGGGAGUGAAGCAGAGAAGGACACCUCAUCAGGCGUGUAGUUUGAAUCUCUUCCUCGCCUCCCCCUUCCCCUCCGCGAUGUUACAAAGGCUGUGAGCUGCUCGCCUUUUCCCAUUCGCCUGCUGUCACUUCCUUCCUGGACGCUUUCAGGACGAGCCCGGUUACUUUUAAUCCGACCAGCAGCUCAGCCACUUUCUCCUCCUCCACGCUGCACACACGCACACACACACACACCAGACAUCUUCUGGCUGCUUAUUGGAUUGACUUUGAAGGUUGUGUGUGUGAUUCACGGAGGCUGCAUGUCGAACCAGGUGGUGAAUAUUUAAGGCUGGAAGAAGUAAAGGGAAUUUUUCUUUUUCCUAUGAAAGGAAAAUAUCUCAAGGACUAGCCUGAUCAUCCAAACAGCUAGAUGUUUAUAAUGAACGGAUGCAGGGGACUGUGAAUUGAGUAGUGCAAGUGCUGAAGAAGGAGGUUUGUUUUGAGGAAACGGGAAAGAGGAAGAAAAGAGAAGGGAAAAAUACAUAAUUUUAAGGAAGAAGGAGAGAAAAAAAAACGGGGACUAUGGGGAGAAAAAAGAUUCAGAUUACAAGGAUUAUGGAUGAACGUAACAGACAGGUGACAUUUACGAAGAGGAAAUUUGGGUUAAUGAAGAAGGCUUAUGAGCUGAGUGUUCUGUGUGACUGUGAGAUUGCUCUGAUCAUCUUCAACAGCACCAACAAACUGUUCCAGUAUGCCAGCACUGACAUGGACAAAGUGUUGCUGAAGUACACUGAGUACAAUGAGCCACAUGAGAGUCGAACGAAUUCGGAUAUUGUUGAGACGUUGAGAAAGAAAGGACUUAAUGGCUGUGACAGUCCAGACCCCGAUGCAGACGAUUCAGUAGGUCACAGCCCUGAGUCUGAGGACAAGUACAGGAAAAUUAAUGAAGAUAUUGAUCUAAUGAUCAGCAGGCAAAGAUUGUGUGCAUUGAACAAGAAAGAAAACAAAGGUUGUGAAAGCCCCGAUCCUGACUCCUCUUACGCUCUCACCCCACGCACUGAAGAAAAAUACAAAAAAAUUAAUGAAGAAUUUGAUAAUAUGAUCAAGAGCCAUAAAAUACCUGCUGUUCCACCACCAAACUUUGAGAUGCCAGUUUCUAUCCCAGUGUCCAACCACAACAGUUUGGUAUACAGUAACCCAGUCAGCUCCCUGGGUAACCCCAACCUUUUGCCACUGGCUCAUCCUUCUUUGCAAAGAAAUAGCAUGUCUCCUGGUGUGACACAUCGGCCUCCAAGUGCAGGUAACACAGGUGGCCUGAUGGGUGGGGACCUCACAACCGGUGCAGGCACCAGUGCAGGUAAUGGAUAUGGCAACCCCCGCAACUCACCAGGUCUGCUGGUCUCACCUGGCAAUUUGAACAAGAAUAUGCAAGCAAAAUCUCCGCCUCCAAUGAAUUUGGGAAUGAACAACCGUAAACCAGAUCUCCGUGUGCUGAUUCCACCUGGCAGCAAGAACACAAUGCCAUCAGUGUCUGAGGAUGUUGAUCUGCUUCUGAAUCAGAGGAUAAAUAACUCCCAGUCUGCUCAGUCAUUGGCUACUCCAGUGGUUUCCGUAGCAACUCCUACUCUACCAGGGCAAGGGAUGGGAGGAUACCCAUCAGCCAUCUCAACAACAUAUGGUACUGAAUAUUCUCUGAGUAGUGCAGAUAUAUCAUCUCUCUCUGGGUUUAAUACAGCCAGUGCUCUUCAUCUUGGCUCUGUGACUGGCUGGCAACAGCAACACCUACAUAACAUGCCACCAUCUGCCCUCAGCCAAUUGGGAGCUUGCACUAGCACUCAUUUAUCUCAGAGUACAAAUCUCUCCCUGCCUUCUACUCAAAGCCUCAACAUCAAGUCAGAACCUGUUUCUCCUCCUAGAGACCGUACCACCACACCCUCGAGAUACCCACAGCACACGCGCCAUGAGGCGGGGAGAUCUCCUGUUGACAGUUUGAGCAGCUGUAGCAGUUCCUACGAUGGAAGUGACCGAGAAGACCACCGAAACGAAUUCCACUCCCCCAUUGGACUCACCAGACCUUCGCCGGACGAAAGGGAAAGCCCCUCUGUCAAGCGCAUGCGGCUCUCUGAAGGAUGGGCAACAUGAUAACAUUAUUUACCUAAUUAGUUGUUUGUUUGUUUGGG